AUCGAGGAGAGCGAGGAUCGAAAAAGUACAUACAUCUGUCAAAGUUGUACUAGAUAUAGCCUAGCUGUACGAAAUUUGUCAGCAAAUAUAAGCAGACCUUGAAAGAAAACUAGAAAUACCUUUUUUGCCUUGUACAAAGCGCUUAACAUACUGCACCUUCUUCGGAUAUAUGGGUCAAUCAUAUAACAGGUUGUGUCUGGCUCUCUUUUACUUUCAUACCCAUGAGCAUAAUCCCAUCCAGCUCGCAGGCUUGCCUUUCGGCUAUAUAUCGCUAAAGUUGGUUUUUAGAUUCGAUGAAUAUUCAACGAUUGGAAUCGCGAAAAGUGACGGUCAAGUUAAGAGGAAGAUUUGGACAGAGUGCUGACUUGACCCCAUUUACUUUAAAAAAUAUCUUGUGCCCGGUCAAGAGUCACUCGAAUAUGCCGAGAAAGUUUUCUUGGUGGGCAAAGAUCUCAGACAGCCAACAGUUCGAUUCCAUCUGGCAAAACCAGUAGAUUGAAAUAUAGCAAAACGUAAAAUGGUUCGGUUAAGUGGAUGUGUACUGCUCCUUGCAAUCGUCCUUUUGGCCAUUUUUGUGGCCGAUGGCCUCGCGGAGAAGAGCACUAAUAGACAGAAGCAGCAGAAUCCCAGACCGGGAAACCAAGGCUUAGGUAACCGCAGAAACAAGCGUCCUAAUCCCCAACAAGGCCAGAAACAGAAACUCGACAAGAAACAGGUGCAGAACGCCCAGGAACCCAAGGUUUUUACAGCAACGGUUCCCGUUUUGGGAAGGCUCCGAGGACGAACACUCACCACCGAUUGGACAGGAAAGAAGAUAAUGCAGUUCUUGGACAUACCCUAUGGAAAAGCGGAGAGAUUUAAGCCAGCUGAACCAGCACCGUCUUGGAGGGGCGUUCUUCCCGCCCAUCGACCACACGCCGGCUGUCCAUCCAUUCAGGAUCUGGCCGCAUUUGCUAAGCUUGAAGAAAAUGGCUUCGACGUGGAGGACUGUCUGCGGCUCACAGUAAACACCAAGGCGAUGGAGGGCAAGUCCUCGCCGGUAAUGGUGUACAUCCACGGGGACUUCUUCUACGACGGCGACUCUGUGGAGGCAGCUCCCGGAUAUUUGUUGGAGCAGGAUGUCGUCCUGGUGUCCGUGCGCUAUCGCCUUGGUCCUUUUGGCUUCCUGUCCACUCUGACCGAGGAGAUGCCUGGCAAUGCCGCGGUCUCCGACAUUAUCCUGGCGCUCGAGUGGGUGCAGCAGCACAUCGUAUCCUUCGGAGGCGAUCCACAGCGAGUGACGCUCUUCGGCCAAGUGGGCGGAGCAGCGCUGGUCAACGUGCUCACCCUGAGUCCGGCAGUUCCGGCAGGCCUCUUCCACCGCGUCAUCUAUCAGUCGGGCACCGCUCUGUCGCCCGCCUUUAUCACAGACGCGCCCCUGGGCUCCGCCAAGGCCAUCGGGCGGAUCGCGGGUUGUAAACAGCCCGCCAAGGUGGAUCAGCUGAACAAGUGCCUGAGCCACCUGAAUGCCACCAUGCUCCUGGCCGCCUUUAGCGUCCACGGCGAGGACCAGCCCUCGUUGUCAGGUGGAGCGUACGGCGGAGUGCAGCUCGUGAUUGGAGGGCCAUCCGGAAUUCUGCCGGAGCACCCCGGUCGCCUGCUGGCCGCCGAGAAGUUCCAGGCUUAUCCCACAAUGGGAGGUAGCGUCAAGCACGGCGGCACCUUCAUGCUUAGAGACAUUUUUGCGGAUAUUUUCAACGAGACGAUUUUGGAUGACAAACUGACCGCACGGCAGUAUAUCGAUACCAUUAUCGAACAGGCCAAUGGCGCGGAUCCCACUGGAUCGUGGAGGGAGUUCUCCGACGAGGAGAUAUUUACUGAUGCUGAUGUUAAGAACGGCAGCUUUAGGCGCCUGACCCCUGGUCUGAUUGAUCUUUGCAGUACGAUUUCUCUAAAGAAUCCUGUGUUGCUGGUCCUGCAGGCUAACGCAAAGAAGCUGCCCAACAGUACAUACCUGUACAGCUUUGACUACGAGGGUGAGCAGAAUCGCUAUGCCACAGGUGACAACGAGGCAAGCUUCGUGCCCUUUGACAUGGGUGUUUCGCUUACGGACGACAACCUGUACCUGUUUCCGUGGCCGCGAUUCCUUUCGCUCAACUCGAAUCGUGAUCUCAAGGUGGCCCGGCGCAUGGUGGCCCUGUGGACGUCCUUUGCAACAACGGGGGUUCCCCAAGCACCAGGUCUGCCCGCCUGGCCGACGAUGAGUGACGAAACUGGACCCUACAUGAGGAUCGGCCGCACCGUCAGUUUCGGCGACAAUUACCUGGACGAGUACCGUAUUGCCGUGGAGGAGGUGAAACAAGGAUAUAGCCUGGUCAACGAGGACUACUACGAUCUGGAAUCGGCUCUGUUGGCGGCCAGCAAGCAGGGUCAGUGGACCGCCUCCAACGAGGGGGAUGAAGAGGACGACGUCGAAGGCGAGAGGGCUGCCAAUGAGGCUCGUGGCCAAAACUUGGUUUUCAUUGCUAGAAAGUCCACGCGCACCCAGAAGCAGUAAAACCACACCCCUUCCAGACUCAAAUUUUCGCUUUUAUUUAUUUUGACGAAGAAUUGUCCUAAUAUAUUUUUUAAUUGAACAUA